CAAACACACGUGAGUUUAUCGUUGACAGUAGUUGUGUGUUUUUGACAGUUCCAUGAAAAUGUGUGCUAUAUCAAUACAAAGUUCAAACGUCGGUUUUUUGUUAUUUCCAUAAGAUUUUGUUGUUUUUAUUCAAUGUUAUUGAAAAAGUAAUUUAAGGUUUGAUCAAUGGAAAAAUUAAAAUAGAUUGAAUAUUGUAAAUUCGGUAGAUUGAGUGUGUUUGAAAGAUGUCAAUUAAUAGACUGGGUGCAUUGAGAUGUGCGAUAAAGUCAAGUGUAAACUUGAGACUUCGACCAAAUUUGUCAAGUUUUCGGCCAAAUUACCGAACGAUUGCUACAGAUGGCAAGAUUACAAUCGAUGGCAUCACCAAAGAGCUUAUAAAACCCAAUAAUCCUCUAUUUGUACCGCAAAAAUUCCUGCAAUUAUCGAAAUCAGAUCAAAUUGUCAUAUCGCAGACAGUAUUGCAUCACCUGCGAUGGAUGUUGCAGAAGGAUUUGCUGGGCCAAGACAUAUUCCUCAUUGGCAGACCAGGCCCAUUGAGAAGGGCAAUAGUGAUGCAAUUUCUGGAACUCACACAACGGGAACUUGAGUACGUUGCCCUUAGUCGUGAUACCACCGAAAGUGAUUUAAAACAAAGGCGAGAAAUUCAGAAUGGAACAGCGGUUUAUUUUGACCAGAGUGCCGUUCGAGCGGCUAUUCAUGGACGAGUUCUAGUGAUUGAAGGAAUUGAGAAAGCCGAGAGAAAUGUGCUACCCGUCUUGAACAAUUUGCUGGAAAAUCGCGAAAUGCACCUGGAAGAUGGACGCUUUUUGAUCCCGUCGAAUAGAUACGACAAAUUGCUCAAGGAGCACGGUUCAGAUGAGUUAACCAAGUGGGGACUAGUGCGUGUAUCAGAGAAUUUCCGAGUCAUUGCAUUGGGAUUACCAGUUCCAAAAUAUCGAGGCGUUCCACUUGAUCCACCACUUCGAAGCAGAUUCCAAGCCCGAGACAUCACACCAGCUACUUACCAGGAAACACUAAAUGAGCUGCAUCAAGUGGCACCGCAAGCCAAUAAUGACACUUUGGAAAAGAUAACAUCGUUUGGCUAUGCAAUUCAAUCCUCCGCCGAGACGCCACUCACGAAAAUUCUGCCCGAUUUCCCGUGCGAUAACCUUCGAUUAAUUGCUCGUAUCAGUGAGGCAAAUCCUUCGGCAACGCCAUAUCAAUUGCUCUAUCGGUUGUAUCCAUUCGACACAUUUUUACCAAAAGAGUGCCAUGGAAGCUUGUUGUCACUUUUUGAUUCGUUGAAAAUUGCGAUGCCCCAAAAUGAAAACAAAUCAUGGAUUCAAAGUUUCAAGCGAACCGAUGGUCAAAGGAUCGUUUCAGUUGAUCGACCAACGCUGUCGAAAGCUUUGCUGGAAUCGCCAAUUGGAUUACAACAUCAUAAGGUGACAAUCGAAUCGAAUGGUGAGACUAAGUCGAUUAACGUUCCGGGUGGUCAUCAAACAUCGGGUGUUGAAUUUGGACAUCACUAUGUUGAUACGAACUAUCAAAAUUAUUUGCUAAGCGAGAUCAUUCAAACCUAUGCUGUGGGUGAUAUUUGUUUGAUCGGAGCGAAAGGAAGUGGAAAAUCGAUUUUAAUCUCACAAAUUGCCCACCUGCUGAACCAACACAUUGAACCAAUGGUGUUGUAUCAAGAUAUGACCGCGCGGGACUUUUUACAACAGAGGACAACUACGCCAACCGGUGACACUGUGUGGAGAGACUCGCCGCUAAUUCGAGCGGCCAAAAAUGGUACCAUCGCCGUUUUGGACGGUAUUCAUCGCAUUCAUAGCAGUACGAUUUCAGUGUUGCAGAGGCUUGUCCAUGAUCGAGAGGUUCAACUUUACGAUGGAACACGAUUGAUCAAGCAUGACUCGUACGAUCAAUUAAUUUCCAAUGGGCAGACAGUUGAAGAACUCGCCAAAAAUGGCAUUUUCCGCAUUCAUCCGUCAUUCCGAAUUGUGGCUUUGGCCGAACCACCUUCAGUGGAAACGGGUAAAAAUUGGCUGUCUCCCGAAGUACUCAGCCUAUUUUUAUUCCACGAAGUUCGGAAUUUGAGCAAAGAAGAGGAAAAACAUAUUAUUCAAUCGAUGUACGGCGAUGUCAGUCCAUCGAUGGAAAAAAUUCUGAAUCUAGCCGAAUUGUUGCGAAAAUCCAAAGAUCCAAUUAUUCGAAAUUUGUCGACCACCCUUUCGACCAGGCAAUUACUACGAAUUGCACACCGAAUGUCAGUCUAUCCACCAAAUGAGUCCCGUGCCUACGAAACGGUUCAACAGGCGUUCUUAGCGAAGUUCUUACCAUCUCUACCUCGAGCUGCCCUCGAAAAUGCAAUCCAGAACGUGUCAAUUUCACGACCAAAAUCUUCAAAAACGCCAACAACCUCGAUCCAAGUGGGGAAUGAUACACUAUCAAUAGGUUCUACGUCUACAAAACGAUAUCAAACCGAUGCACACACCAAAGUACCUGACAUAGUUUUUUACGAUGUGCCGCAACAUGUUCAGUUGUUGGAGCAGUUGCUGCAAGAUUUUCUGAUUGGAAAUCAUUUGCUGUUGGUGGGCAAUCAAGGUGUCGGGAAGAAUAAAGUAGCCGAUCGUUUAUUGCAGCUGAUGAACCGGCCUAGGGAAUACAUUCAACUGCAUCGUGACACAACCGUGCAAUCAUUAACAAUCCAACCAUCGGUUGUCGAUGGUGUGGUGGUGUACGAAGACUCGCCGCUUGUUAAAGCGGUUCGACUGGGGCAUGUUUUGAUCGUAGAUGAAGCGGACAAAGCACCAACGCACGUCACAUGCAUUCUAAAGACAUUCGUUGAAAAUGGAGAAAUGAUUUUAUCGGAUGGACGGAAAAUAUACCCAUCCAGUUCAGAUCGAACUGAGAACAGGUCAGCUGAUGCCAUUUACACGCAUCCUGAUUUCCGGUUGAUUGUUCUGGCGAAUCGUCCGGGUUUUCCAUUCCUGGGAAAUGAUUUCUUUGCAUCGUUGGGUGACCUAUUCAGUUGUCACAGCGUUGACAAUCCAUCAAUGGACUCAGAGAUUUAUCUUCUGCAACAAUAUGGUCCAAGCGUCGACAAAGGAACGCUAAAGAAAUUAGUAAAUGCAUUCGCUGAACUACGAUCGAUGGCCGAUGUCGGCCAAUUGAGUUAUCCAUACUCAACGCGGGAAGUUGUCAACAUUGUGAAACAUCUUGAAAAGUAUCCGCAGGAAAAUUUGGCCGAAUUAAUUGGAAAUGUGCUGGAUUUCGAUCGAUAUUCACCGGAAGCAUUGGAACAAGUGACCGAUGUGCUGCAGAAACAUGGCCUGGCUAUUGAAAGCUAUGCAAAAAAUGAAUUGGCCGCCAUUCGACGGCAAAGAGAAAUUCAAUUGACGGUGGAAAGAAAGAGUGGCCUAUCGGUUUCAGCGCCAAAGCAUGGAAAAGAAGACCCAGACAAUAAACCACACGUUGGCGGAAACACUUGGGCUGGUGGCACCGGAGGCAGAGACACAGCGGGUUUGGGUGGUAAAGGUGGACCAUAUCGGUUGGACAAAGGUCACAAAGUACAUCAGUUGAGUGAUGAAGAGAAAAACGAUAUUCCAGACCAUGUCAAACAAGCAGCUCGUGAAAUGAAUCGCAGAGCCUUUGCAGACAAACUCAAGGAGAUUAAAAUGUCUUCGUACGAUAACAGCAUCUAUGAAGCAUUCAGUGCACCAGUUCGCAAGCAAGUGCAGCAGUUACGUGUGAUUCUAAGCUCACUGCAGGCAAAAAGCAAAGAACGCUUCUGGCAAAAACAUCAAACGUCUGGCGAAAUUGACGACAACAAAUUGAUUGAAGGCAUUGUUGGUGAACGGAACAUCUAUCGGAAACGUGGCGAACAAGAUCCCGAACCUGGUCAACCACAAGAGAAACCCAAACGACUGAAAUUAGUUGUAGAUGUGAGCGGCUCGAUGUAUCGAUUCAACGGCUAUGAUCAACGUCUUGAUCGAGAGCUUGAAGCGGUGGUCAUGGUCAUGGAAGCGUUUGAAGGAUUCGAGACACGUGUUCGCUAUGAUAUCGUCGGUCACAGUGGUGAAAGCAAGAAUAUUAUGUUUGUUAAUGAAAAGAGCCCGCCAGCCGAUUCUAAAAUGCGACUCGAAACGAUUAAGAUGAUGCACGCACAUUCACAAUUUUGCUGGUCUGGCGACAAUACGGUAGAGGCAACAAAAUUUGCAAUCGAUUCUCUUUCCAAAGAAGAUGCCGACGAGUCGAUUGUUAUCAUUUUAAGCGAUGCCAAUCUGUCUCGAUACAACAUCUCACCCAAAGAACUGUCAACAGCGCUGACUUCACAAGAGCCAAAAGUUCAAGCUUAUGCCAUUUUUAUUGGCAGUUUGGCGAACGAAGCACAACUAAUAACACGCUCUUUGCCAGCUGGACGAGGGUUCGUUUGCAUGGACUUGGCUGAAUUGCCAGUGAUUUUGAAACAAAUUUUCACAUCAUCCGUGCUCAAUCAAACUGUUUGAAAUUCGUUUAAAAAAUAAUAACAAAUUUGAUGUACAUUUUGUCGGGAAAAAAUAUUCGAAUAAAUUUUAUUUAUUUCUUUUUUGCAUUCAUUUUAUUUGAAA